AUGCACCCGCACUAUGACAUAUCAACCAAUCACGGAAUCGAGACCAAUGACGCUAACCUUGGACAUUCGCUAUUCCAGGAGGACAAAAAGAUGACAAUUGUCUCCACGGUGGCUCAUCGCCCCACCGCCGUCAUUCCCAGCAAGAGAAAAGACGACGAAGAUUCAGAUUAUUCAUCUCCGACAGUGGAUUCGGCUCCUUGUCGGGCCUCUCCGAAUGGCGUCCUGACCUUGGCGCAAUCGCGGUCAAAACUUAGCCGCACAUCUACACCAAAACCGAGGAUUUUGGAUCAGGAUGUCAAGAUUAAUGUCGUUAUCCCGUCUCCUUCUGCGCAUCAAAAGCGAGUGCUGGUUGGCAGUCAUGUGCCCAGCAUGGGCCUGUCUGAGAGGCGGUAUCCCACUAUUUCUAUCGAAAAAAGAAGGGCCGCCAAAAGAGCCUAUCCCAAACGAGAUGAAGUCGACAGAAGCAUCGUCUCAUUGUCUAUGUGGUCCGAAUCCGGACCUGACUCUCAUCACCCCUCGCCGGCCGACUUGCUGCGAGCUAAUCUCAAUGAAAAAUUGAAACUCAUCAACGGGCCAGCCAUCACCUUUAACAUCGACGACGAGCAACUGGCUAUGCUCUCUGCUACCUUUGGCUUUGUAAAUGAUUAUGUCCUUCUUGAUGGUGUGACCCGCGUUGACGAGGGUUUCAAUUCCGGAUGCAAUUGCAUCGGCCCCUGUGACCCUACCGCUUGUGACUGUCUCUUCGAAGAAGAAGACUCGGAUAAAAAGAUCCCUACCUACCAAAUCGCCGAGAAUGGUCAGAUCGUGCUCCGUCCCAGCUUCUUGGAGAGGCGUUCGAAAAUCGUGGAAUGUUGUGACCUGUGCAGCUGUAAGGGCAAGUGUUGGAAUACGGCGGUUCAGCGUGGCCGCCAGGUUCGGUUUGAGAUCUUUGAUACAGGAGCUCGUGGUUGUGGUAUUCGUUCCCCCGACCCCAUCAUGGCUGGUCAGUUUAUUGACCGGUACCUUGGUGAAGUCAUCCUGCAAGACGAGGCAGAUGCCCGGGAACUUGCAAACCAAAAAGGACAAUCCUACCUGUUCGCUCUUGACUGGAAGAUUGAGAACCCCGAGGAUGGAGACCCCGAUGACGAGUCCUUCGAUGAUGACUUUUACGUGAUUGAUGGUCAAAAGUUUGGCUCACCAACCCGUUUUAUCAACCACUCUUGCAAUCCCAAUUGCAAAAUCGUCCCGGUAUCCACAACGGAGCACGGUGAUGAGAACCUCUACCACCUUGCCCUUUUCGCCCUGCGAGAUAUCCCCCCAGGCACCGAACUUACCUUUGAUUACAACCCAUUCUGGGAUGGCACGAAGAAGAUCGACCCGCACGCUGUCAAGUGCCUCUGCGGCGAAGAUAACUGCCGUGGCCAAUUAUGGCCUAACGCGCGCAAACAAGGCCCUGGAAGGUCUGGCCUCUGA